AUGCCUAAAUCUUUCCUGGUGAAACGACGCAGCUCAAGAUCCCAAAACUGGGGGGAGAUCUCUGACCAGCUCCGAGGGGAUUUGUACAUCCCAGAUCCCAGGAUUCUUGGACGGAGCAGCGUGAGCGUGUGGGGAAGGACACCCAGAGGAGACCCUCAAGGCCUCACCUGGAGCCCAUUUCGCUCACCACCGAGGGCAGUGGGGAACGGUCUUCAGAGCACCAAGCUGCAUCACGCUCUUAUCUCCAAGUUCCCAAUGGCCCUCACCCCAGCUCUUAUCUCCAACUUGCCAAAUGCCCGCACCCCCGUUCUUAACUCCAAGACUCCUGCUGGCCAAGCCCUGCCCGCUGAAGGAACCCAAGGUGGCUCCGGCAGGCGUCCUCCCGAGCAGGCAGAGUUCCAGUGCAACGUGUGCAGCAAGCGCUUCCUGUUGCAGCGCAUGUUGAGCCGGCACCUCAAGUGCCACAGCGCCGUCAAGAAGCACAUGUGCAAGUACUGCACCAAGGGCUUCAACGACACCUUUGACCUCAAGAGGCACCUGAGGACGCACACAGGCAUCCGCCCAUACUGCUGCUGCGUCUGUGACAAAGCCUUCACCCAGCGCUGCUCCCUGGAGUCCCACCUCAAGAAAAUCCACGGCGUCCAGCAGCACUAUGCCUACCGCGAGCGCCGCUCCAAGCUCUUCGUGUGCGAGGACUGCGGCUUCACCUGCAGCGGCAGCGACGAGUACUACAGCCACGUGCGCCAGCUCCAUCCCACCAACGGCCUCCUCGGGAAGGACUUUCAGAAGCUGGGGCCGGCUGACUUCCACAGCCGGCUCACCGUUCUCUACCCUCCUGCCUACUGA